GGUGAACGUGUUGAUCUAUAACAGAUUUCGGGGAGGCGAGCUGGAGUUCGUGCGCGCGUCGAAGUUUCACCAACCGGAUUAUUGCCUAGUUACGGCAGGAGAAUUUUUGAAAUAUGUAGGAGGAGCACGUAGAAAUGCACCAGAUUCCUCUGAGAGGUCGACUGUGCCAAAGUGCGACUUGAGGAGUUAUUCAUGCAAAUUCAUCAAGUUAUAGGCGUGCCUUUUGGCGAUGGAGUCACAGCCGGAAAAGCAAAGUUUCCGGAUCAUCAGCGACCUUCAGAGACGGUGACGCGCAGCGCUCGGACGCACCGAAGAAUGUUUUAAAAGCGCCGAGAGAAAGUUGGUUCUGCUUUGGAGACACUCCGUGCGUCCACCCGCUCCGCUGCUGCGCCACCGGCUCCGCUGGACCUCCAUACGCAGGAUUAUUGCGCAAACGGGAACGGCGCUGCGCCUGUAUUUCUACGGAUCAACGGCCAAUUCUGACAACUUCAGACCCUCCGAGUCUUCAGGCACAUGACAUGACGCGCAGCCCUUGUGCGUAAAACCGCGGCUGGUGGUUUGCGUCACUUUUAAUAUAAAAUAAACCUUUUUUUUCUUCCAUCUCUGAGGACUUGUCGCGCAGCAUGUCGGAGGACGACAGCAGCUGUAUGUCUGACGCAGACGCCACCAACGUCAGCGUCCUCAGCUGGGAACAAGUGCAGCGCCUGGACGCCAUCCUGACCGAGACCAUCCCGAUCCACGGCCGCGGGAACUUCCCCACUCUGGAGAUGCAGCCGCGGCAGAUCGUCAAAGUGGUGCGCAGCAGGAUGGAGGAGAAGCUGAUCUACGUCCGGGACGUCCGGUUAAACGGCUCCGCGGCCAGUCACAUCCUGCACGAGGACAGCGGACUCGGCUACAAGGACCUCGACCUGAUCUUUUACGCAGAUAUGAAAAGUGAAGCUGAUUUCCAGAUUGUGAAGGACAUAGUUUUGGACUGUCUCCUGGACUUUUUGCCCGACUGUGUGAAUAAAGAGAAAAUAACCCCGUUAACGUUAAAGGAAGUCUACGUGCAGAAGAUGGUGAAGGUGUGCAACGACUCAGACCGCUGGAGUCUCAUCUCACUCUCCAACAACCGCGGUAAGAAUGUGGAGCUGAAGUUCGUGGACUCCCUUCGGCGGCAGUUUGAGUUCAGCGUUGACUCCUUCCAGAUCAACCUCGACUCCCUGCUGCUGUUCUACAAGUGCUCCGAGAAUCCCAUGACUGAGACCUUCCACCCUACCAUCAUGGGUGAGAGCGUGUACGGGGAUUUUGGCGAGGCCCUGGACCACCUACGUCACAAAAUCAUCUGCACCCGGAACCCGGAGGAGAUCCGAGGCGGAGGUCUGCUGAAGUACUGCCACUUACUGGUGAGGGGUUUCCGGCCCGCCUCUGAGUCGGAGAUGAAGUCGCUGCAGCGCUACAUGUGCUCACGCUUCUUCAUCGACUUCCCUGAUAUCGGUGAGCAGCAGCGAAAGCUGGAGUCCUACCUUCAGAACCACUUUGUGGGCCUGGAGGACCGCAAGUAUGACUACCUGAUGACCCUCCACGGGGUGGUCAAUGAGAGCACGGUGUGCCUGAUGGGACACGAGCGGCGGCAGACGUUGGGACUGAUAGCCAUGCUGGCUGUGCGCGUGCUGGCGGAGCAGAAUGUCAUCCCCAAUGUGGCUAAUGUCACCUGUUACUACCAACCUGCUCCUUAUGUGGCAGAUGGUAACUUCAGUAACUACUACAUCGCACAGGUGCAACCGGUGUUUGCCUGCCAGCACGCUGCCUACUCCACCUGGCUGCCAUGUAACUGAGUCACCCCAAGCAAAGUGGGAGGACGAGAGUGUGAGCUGGUUAACCCGGCGUGACCGAGCCUGAAAUUUGCCCAGAAAAAAAGAAUCUCCUCUUUAAUGUUUUGCAUCAAAGCUUGUUUGGUUCAUACGUUGAGUAUGAAUGAUACGAAAACACACCUGGCGUUCGGCUUAUGUAGAAAAUUCAGUCUCGAUGUGAAUCACAUUCCUUAGCAGCGCCAACAUGUGGGGGCCACAAAACUGAGCCGCAGGACCGUCACAGAAACAAGUGACUUAGAAAA